AUGCAGCUGCUGCAUCUUCUCUGCCUCAGUCUCCUGGUCCUGGGAUGCAUCCUGAAUGGUAAGAGGGAACCUCUCAGGCUGCCUUUCUUGUGGAAGGGAGAGGAUGCAGUUUUUUGCUGCCGGCGGACGAGAGAGACACCCAUCCCGCGGCGGAUAGUGCAGGAUUACCGGCUCCAGCUGGUGCAGGAUGGCUGCAACAUCCCGGCUGCUGUGUUCAUCACCACGAAAGGCAAGCGCCUCUGUGCCCCACUCCAAGCCCCGUGGGUGAUUCGCCUCCAAGAGAAGCUGGAUGCCAGCUCUGCCAGGAAGCGUUCCCCGGCAAUCAGUGCCUUCCAGGUCAGCAUCUUCCCGAGUAUUGGUGCAUUCCAGGUCAGUAUCCUCCUGGUCAUUGGUGCUUUCCAGGUCAGCAUUCCCCUGGAGAUCAGUGCCUUCCAGGUCAGCAGAUCCUCCUGGGGAUCAGACAGCAUCCUCCAGGAGAUCCCAGAUGUAGACAUGGAUCUGGCACUUUUAGCACCUUACCACCUCCAGAUCCAUCAGCGCAGAGACAAAGCAGCUGAUGUGGCAGUGGACAAAGGGGACCAUGAGGUGCAGCUGGUGGGAGGAGAGCAGGCACCCCAUCUGGAUCUCAUCGGGCUGCUGGCGCUGAGCACCAAGGUUGGGAGAUGCCAACAGAUGGAAGCCAUUAGAAGGGCCGGGUCGACGCAGGGGGAGGGGGGCCACAUGCUGAGCAAGGGGGGCUGUGCAGAGGGUCCCGUUCCGGCUGCUGAGCUGGCGAGGGCAGUGGAGAUGUCCCAGGCAGCUGCCUGCAUCCUCUUCUGGCACUCAGCAUGGACUGGCCUGCGCAAGGGUCUCUCUCCGCCCCUGCAGGCGCCUGGGAAGGGGGCUGACCUGUUUGGGUACCAGCCCUGCUGCCUGCCCACCUCCUGCAAGGGCCGUCCCCGAGCUGGCAUCUCACCUGGUGCCACUCACCUCUUCCCUGGCCCAGCACCAUCUGCAAGGCGGGGCUAG